UGUCAGGCGCUUUUUGUUGAGCAUCGACUCCAAUCGGGGAGUUUGCAUUGGUCUUCGCUCUGUGAUGACGUCAAGCGUGGCCACGCCCACUGUCAAACGACAGGACAGAAGUUAGUCACAGAGAGAUUGCAGACAGAGGUCGAUCAGCUGUGAAUGUAAACAGGGUGAAUUUUGUAGUUACUUUUGCAAUUCAUGGCUGCCAACAACAGCUUUCAAAUGAAAAUAGACCCAGAGGAAAACGGCGGUAGAAAUCAUUCGUUCAGUGUUGUUACCAACCGAGAAGUCAGCACACAAACCGAUCACAGUAUGCAAGGUCACAGCCCAAGGCUUUCAAAAGUGAACUUGUUCACUCUGUUAAGUCUCUGGAUGGAGCUUUUCCCAAUGAAAAGAGCAGAUCAAGAAAAUGACAAACAGGUGAAAAGAACUGGCCUGGUUAUCGUUCACAAUAUGAAAAUCACUGGAUUGCACUGCUCUAGCUCGGAACUGCAUGCAGGCCAAAUAGCUGUUAUCAAACAUGGAUCUUGGCUGAAAGGCUGCGAUCUUUACUUCUCCAGAAAGCCUUGCUCUUCUUGUCUGAAAAUGGUUGUAAAUGCUGGAGUAAACAAGAUAUCCUACUGGCCCGCUGAUCCAGAAAUGAGCCUCUUGCAGAACGAGACGGUGAGCAGCAGCAGCAGCAGCCCCGACGCCAAGCUUGACGCCAAUGCUGCGGAAAGGCUGAAGUCUAACAGCCGGCCUCAUGUGUGCGUCCUCCUCCAGCCUCUAGCCUUCAACAUGAACCAGUUUGUGGAGGAAACCUCCAUGAAAUGUGACUUCCUGCAAAAAAUUGUGUGCCUGGACCCCUCUUUCCAACUGGAAGAGUUCUUCAUUGAGUACCGAAAGCAAAGGCUGAAGGACUACGAGAAGAUCUUCUUGAUUUCCAACGAGGAGGCACACAAGGGCAUCUUAAUGAAAAUGGGCUUGGAGAACUUCUGUGAGAACCCUUAUUUCACCAGCUUACGGCAGAACAUGAAAGAUCUGAUCCUCCUUUUAGCCACAGUGGACUCCAGUGUACCUGGCUGUGCAGGAUAUGGAUUUCACUGCAGAGAUACUCAGCUAGGUGAUGAAGACCGUGACCAAGGUUUACCACAGGGCAUUGCCAGGCACUGCAUGGUACAGGCCAAACUGCUGGCAUACCGAACUGAGGACCCUAAAACAGGAGUCGGUGCUGUAAUCUGGGCAGAAGGGAAGUCUAGUAACUGCGAUGGGACAGGGGCCAUGUAUUUGAUUGGCUGCGGUUACAAUGCCUACCCAGUGGGCUCAGAAUACGCAGACUUUCCUCAAAUGGACGAUAGACAGAAAGACAGAGAAAUCCGGAAGUUUAGAUACAUCAUCCACGCUGAACAGAAUGCCAUAACGUUCCGGUGUAAGGAAAUCCAAGAGGAUGAGAAGACAAUGAUUUUUGUAACCAAAUGCCCAUGCGAUGAAUGUGUGCCUUUAAUUAAGGGAGCUGGAAUUAAACAGAUCUACACAGGAGAUCUGGAUUCUAAGAAAGUAAAGGCUGACAUAUCAUACCAGAAAUUUGGCAGCCUGCAGUGUGUUCACAAGUUUACUUGGCAGAGGAAUCCCGAGGCCAGCUCUGUUACAGAACAGCACACCUCCACCGUCAAAGCUAAUGGCUUCUUUGGGAAGCAUCACAGAGACUUUGAGGAGGAACUCCAGACAAGCAAAAGGUCAUGCGUUCAGGAAAAAUGACAAGGCCUGGGUGCUGUUGUGUGUGUGUGUGUGUGUGUGUGUGUGUGUGUGUGUGUGUGUGUGUGUGAGAAACAGAGAACAGUCACACCCGGGAUGAACAAACAGCAUUGGCAUACCCUGCAAAAAAAAUUCAAGAAUGUGCCACAUAUACCCCUGCAAUGGGCACCAGUAUUGGUAAUAUUACAUAUACCUCAUACUUGUGAAUUUUGUACAGUUGGCAAGACUGGGUAUUGUGGUGUCUUUACUUUGUCUUCAAAAGAACCUCUUCCCUUGUUCUACGAUUAUUUCCCCUGUUGCUUCAGCAGUAAUGGAAAUAUGGCAUUGGAAAAUCAAAAAUAUUUUUUGUUGUUUGUGUUUUACUUGUAUGUAUUUUAAACUAAAUGAUAGUGGUUCAUUUGAAUAUUUAAUGCACUACAGAUAUACUUUUAUUUAUGUAUUUAUUAAUUUAUUUGCUUGCUACCGUCCUAACAGUAUAUUACAAUUUGAACUCUUUACCAGUGAUGUUUACCCCAAUACAUUUACCAUUGCUUUUGGUGUUUUGUUUUCUCCUGCAGUUCUCCCAGUAUUUUGUUUUUCUCUCUUAGUUUCACAAGCAAUUUCUUACCAAAUGGGAAUUUGUUACCAUCAUUGUAAACCCUGGCCCUUAUUUCUGAGAGAUGAUGUUUCCACAAUUACAUGUGUGAGGCAUACAUCCCCAACCAUGGCUGUAAUUGACAUCAUUAGAGCUAUCAAGGCCUUUCAAUGCGUUUCCACCAUUCUUUAAUUAACUUCUUUUAUUUUUACAAAACUAGAACCAAACAACCAAGUAAUAUAAUCCUAGUUCUCCUAAUCACUCUCAAUGUGCUGGUUUCUCAUUUUGUAACAUUAAGAUGAUUUUUUUUUUCUUCUUUUUAAAAAAAAAAAUAUAUAUAGCAGUUAAAAAUGGAGUAAAUGCUUUGAAACUGAAAAAGCAGAUCAUGACCUACAUCAACAGGUUACAGAAAUGUGAGCAUGACAGAGGUACAGACUAAUAUAGAUCAAGGUAACUGUAGGUGUGUGGCAUACGCACAUGCUUAGAGAAUUUCUUAGUCAUGUUGGGAGAGGUCCACUGCAUUGUAUUAAUCAUGCGUAAUCCGUGACCACUCCUUGAUAACCUAGUUUGCUCACAAAGUUUCUGUUGAUACUGUUAAAGAAAUGGUAAAACAUUCUGAACAAUGCUUUGGAUUAGUCAGCUGUACUGGUUGAUUAUGGUCGAACGUUCCAGGUAUCAAUGGAUUCUUACUGUACUGUAUGUAAAGAAAGAUUCCAUUGAUGAGACAUAGAUGGUAUAGUACUUAUUUUUAAAGACAUAAUUUUAAAAGACAAAAAAAACAAGUUAUUUCAAAACAAUAAAUAAAUAACAUAAUUGUAUGCACAUAUUGAAAGUUGUCUUAGUUUUGUAGGGUUAAAUGUAAUUUUGUCCUCCAAAAAUAUGAAAACUUUGGAGCCAAAGUUUAAAUCUACAGUAAGUAAUCCAUUGUUCCCCUUUAUGUAUUUUUGUUUUACUGUAGUUACAUGUUUGAUUAUUGUGAGGAAAUAUGUGCUGUUCUUAACUUGGUUCAGAUUUUCAGGUUUUAUUUAUAUAUAAAAAAAAAUAGAUAAAAAGUUACAUUUUAAUUUUGUUUUAAAAACUAGAAUAAAAUCAGGUUUGAUUUCAUAAUACGACUAACAAAAAAAGAUUUGUCCCUUGCUUCCACAAAAAAGAAUCCAGAUGGUAAAAAAAGUAUCCUUGAUUUAAUAGCUACACAACAUUAACAAAGUUAAUGUCAAGUAGUACAUACAUCUAUAUCUUAACACUAUUUUUGGGUGAAUCCCUAAUUUUAAAAAUAAAUCUGGACACAGUACAUGAUGUAUGCCACCAGACAUGCCAAUGCGUUAUUUAUUGAGCAGUUGCAAAGAUUUAUGUGCAAUAUGGAAGUGGUACUCUACAUUUAUAUAUUUUACUGUGGUUAUAUUUCAUUCUUUGCAUGUACAGCUGUCUGAGGGUCUGUAUGAUGUGUUUUUUUUAAGCCAUUAGUUAUUCCUCUGUAUAUAGCACAGAUUGCACGAAUGCUGCUUUUAUAGUGUACUGUCGAAACUGUGUGAACAAAUAAUGACAUAUAUUGAGGUUAUUUUUAUUAAAAAACAACUUU